CUGACAUCAUCAGAUAUCUGGAUUCCAGAGUUCUCGUUAUACUACAGUUUGAAUUUCAAUGAUGCCGUCAAACUUCAAUCGAAUAACGACAUUCGGGUAAACUAUACCGGACAUGUCAGAUACUACAUUCCGUUUUCAUCUGAAAGUUUAUGCAAAUUAGACGUCAAGUUUUUCCCAUUUGAUAAACAGAAAUGUACAUUACUGUUUGGUUCGUGGGCUCAUUCGAAUGAUUCUAUCAAGUACUCGUUGUAUUCACCAACACUUUCCCUUAUCGACUUCUAUGAUAACCAGGAAUGGGAACUUGUCUUCAAUGAAAGUAAAGUGGAAUCGAAUGGCUUCCUUUACGAUUACUUGGAUCCACCAUUAUUCUGGGAAAUGAUCAUCAUAGAUCUGGUUGUGGAAAGACAAAGCUUUUACUAUGUAUUCAAUUUGGUGAUUCCCAGUACAAUCAUAACUCUGGUAGCAGUGGUUGGUUUCCAUACGCCAAGCACAAGUGGAAGAGUUCGAGAUGCGAAAUUCCGUCUUGGUAUCAUGACUCUUAUGAGUAUGUCCGUCAUUCUACUUGCCAUCGUCGAAGAUAUGCCGAAGUUUAGUAUGUCCACAGCUAGGAAGGGGAGAGGCUCUUUUUCGGGAAUACCGUUGAUUGGUCUAUACUACUUCAUUCUGUUAGCAAUUAUUGGUCUUUCAACUGUCACAACAUCGAUGUUUGUGUUCUUAGAACGCGAUGUUCGUGUUAAGCAUGAUAUACCUUGGUAUUUAAAAUGGUUGGCGUUCGACAUAAACACAGGCCGAAUCGCUAGACGUUUAAGUCAGUAUCACCGACAUGUUGAAGAUCCACAAUCUAGUGAUCACUUGUUGUCUAAUGGUCAUGUUCAAAGUGGGAUCAGGGACAAGGCGCGUGGAGUUGCGGUGUCUCUUCUUAGCCUGUUGCCUAGACAAUCGAUUGAUAAUAACAACUCUUACCAAAUGCAACCACCUGUGCCAAGCGAAAAUACAACUCCUCAGCGUCAUUCUUUGAGACGACGUAUUAGCGUAACGCAGUAUGAUAACAUGGUCUUGUAUCAAUACUUUGAACAAGUCUUAGAAGACCUUAUUGGAUGUGUUACUCAUAUCGAGAAAAGUGUUUCCGGAAUCAGACAAGAGAUGCUAUCCUUAGUUCCUCAAGAUGAUUUGAACAGUCGCUGGCAAACAGUCAUUAGAAGAUUGGAAAUCAUAUCGCUCGUGUUUUACGUAUCAGUUCUUUUUAUAACAAUGUAUCUCUUUUUCUAUCACGACUGGUAUUGCGCGAUUGGGCACAAUCCCUGCGGCCAAGUCAAUCUCAAAUGCCCCUGGAUGGUUCCUAUAACCGAAGACCCUCAGUGUGAACAUAACACUUACAAUUGA